AUGGACGCCGUCCGUACCAACGCCGAUUUCCGAUUCUUCAUGCAAUGGCCGUUCGGUGUUCUGAUGGGUUUUCAAACGCUAUUUUCACUAAUCUCUUUGAUUGUCUUCUACUUUGCCCUAUUCCUCUACGAAGGAACUUCUUUUGUCAUUUUCAUGCUCUCGCUUCUUCUUGUCUGCAGUAUCACUCAUAAUAUCAUCCACGUUUUCGGUCUCCAUCGUCGGGUUUUCGUCAUUUUUGGCAGAGCCGUGUUCAUUCCGGCAACACUAUUGGUCUUCCUGACAUCUGCAGUCUGCUGCAUUGGAAUGGCUAUUUCGACACUCAUCGUCCUCAUCGGAUUCAUCGAUUCUCUCCGUUUCCGUGCCCGCCUCAUUGUCGUUUAUGCUAUUCUCACGGUGACGUGUGCAAUUCUCACAUUCGCGUGCACAAAGAUCGUUAUGCUCCUGUUCAGAGCUGCACCGAACGGUCAAAUCAAGGGUCUCGUACAAGUUGUCAUCGAAGGAGAUCGCACUUCAAAGAUUACCGCUGCUCACACAACCACAACGACAACCACCAGAACGACCACUACUACAACUACGAAUUUUGUCUGA